CCUCUUUUUCAUUCCUGAACAAAAAUCUCUGGCGCUAAAACCCCAAACUUUCCAGAGCAUUCAUUCAUCUACACGAACCAAACCACCGAGCCAACACAACUCAACUCACUGACUCUCAAUGGCAACUCAGUCCCGUCUUCCCGACGACACCGUUUUCUACUCAAUCUACCCAGACUCCUCCCUCUCCACCUCCUCUCUUCAAUCCCUCCACCUCCAAAUACUCCACCAUCUCUCACCUUUUGUUUCCGAUUACAUUUGGCAACACCAAUCCUUCUCUCUCUCCCUCUCCGAUGUUCCCGUCUCUCACCUCAGCGGCCGUCUCCGCUUCGGGGACAACCUCGAAGACGAGUGGUUCACCGUCUUUCUUCUCUUCGAAAUCUCUCGCGCGUUCCCCAACUUAUCAAUCCGAGUUUGGGACUCCGAUGGUGAGUUUUUACUUAUCGAAGCCGCAUUUCACCUUCCUCGUUGGCUCAAUCCUGAGAAUUCAGAAAAUCGAUUUUUUAUUCGGCGCGGCGAUGUUCAUUUAAUCCCUAAAAAGUCGCUACCAAACCCUAGUUUGGUUGAUUCGUUGAAUUUUUUGAUUAAUCAUGAGAAAGAAUCACGUGCUGCGGAGGCUGUUCAAAAUGCGAUCAAGAGUAAGAUUUCGGAGUAUCCCGAGAGAGCAAAAAGGAAUAUGCAUACUGUUGGGGUUAGGGUUCCGGUGUCAGUGGCUGAGGUGCUAAAGCACGAGCCUUGUUUGAUUUCGCUUGCUGUGGAGGGGUUUUAUGAUAGGGAUAUUGAUUCGAUGAAGUAUGCUGCAAAAAUGGAGAGGUUUUUGAGUAAGGGGAAGCAACAAGAGUUGGUUUUGGUUAAUGUGAAGAUGUCACGUGCAAUGUAUGCGCAGUUGAUGCAGCAAACGUUUCAGGCGCCAAAGUGUUAUCCAAUGCCCGUUAGGGGUGGUGAUGUGACAGGGUAUUUGGAGGCGGAGUUGGGGAUGAAGAUUGCUUGUGGGUUUGAGAUGGUCUAUUGGAUGAGAAAAAAGGAGGGAGACGAAGGGAAGGGGAGUACAUGGAGUAAGUAUAAGGACAGAUUAGAAAAGAGUGGGUAUUUUGAAGGGUUGAUUCCUGGUUCUAAGGAGUACAAGAGAUUGAUGGAGAAUGCGGAGGAGUAUUAUAGAAAGAGCAAUUUGUUUGUGAGAACCAGUGAGAUGAUGAGUGCUCCAGUGAGACGCAUAGAUGAGAUUCUUGCUUUACCCCAUUCAGCUGAGGAUUUUAAGGGUCAGAAUGUUCCUCCUUCAGAUGAUGAUUCCUGGCUCUAUAACGGUGAGGAUGAGUUGAACUCUGCCCUUCAAGAGAGACAAAAGGAAUUGGAACUUUAUAAUUCAGAACUCAGGGAUAAACAGAAAUCGAAAGAGUCUCAGGACACUGGUUCUUCAUCUGGGAAAAAUUUAGAUGAUUUCGAUCUUGGUGGUUUAGCAAAAACCAUGCAGGCUUUUGUCCAUAAAGUGUCUAGCUACAAGGGAGCAGAGGUUCCUGAAAAUAGGAAUCUUGAAGAAGUUGAUAUUGAUGUGGAUCGUUUUAUCAAAGAAAUGGAAUCUGUAAUGAGGCAUCAAGGUUCUGAAGAGACUGCUAACAAUGCUGAUUCUGACAAAGGGUCCUCUUCAGACAUGGAUUUUGAUGAGUCUGAAGAUGGGAGUGAUAUGGCUGAUGAAGAUAAUGAUGAUGGAGAGGAUGGUUUCAUGCAUUCAUAUUCAGAUGCUUUGGACAACGAACUGAAGAGAACCAUCCUUAAGAAAAGUUUUAUACAUGCAAAUGAAGAAUCUUCCAAGAAAAUUGAGGGAACAUCGAAUGGCGCAGAGGAUAUGGAUGAGGAGUUUAGUCCUGUGAAUGUGGAUGUGAACCUGGUGAAGAACCUUCUUGAUUCGUUUUCUUCGCAACAAGGUCUACCUGGGCCUGCUUCCAAUUUGCUUGGGCUCAUGGGUGUAAAACUCCCACAUGAUGAUAACAAGGGCAAAUGAAUUUUCUUAACUUUUCAUCUUCCUUUUUCCAAUUCUGAAUUUGUUUAAGUUAGCCUCCAUAUAAU